AUGGCUGCGCCAGGCGAAUCCUGCGCUGGGCCAGGGGUCUGGAACCAGACAGAGCCUGAGCCUGCCACAGCCCACCUGCUGGACCUAUGCUUCUUGAGAACAGCGGGGGUCUGGGUACCCCCUAUGUACCUCUGGGUCCUCGGCCCUCUCUACCUCCUCUACAUCCACCGCCACAGCAGGGGCUACCUCCGGAUGUCUCCUCUCUUCAAGACCAAAAUGGUGCUUGGGUGUACCCUACUAGUCCUGUGUACCUCCAACGUGGCUGUCUCACUUUGGAAAAUCCAGCAGGGAAUACCACAGGCCCCAGAAUUCCUGAUUCACCCUACUGUGUGGCUCACCACAAUGAGUUUUGCCCUGUUCAUUAUCCAUGUGGAGAGGAAGAAGGGAGUCCAGGCUUCUGGGGUGCUAUUCGGGUAUUGGCUGCUCUGCUGCUUCUUGCCAGCCACCAGCAGUGCCCAGCAGGCCUCACAAGGGGGCUUCCAGAGUGACCCUUUCCACCAUCUGUCGACCUAUCUGUGUUUGGCUCUAGUUGUGGCGCAGUUUGUGCUGUCCUGCCUGGCGGAUCAACCCCCCUUAUUUCCUGAAGAACCCCAGCAGUCUAAUCCAUGUCCAGAGGCUGGGGCCUCCUUCCCUUCCAAGGCCAUGUUCUGGUGGGUUUCUGGGCUGGUCUGGAGGGGCUACAGGAAGCCACUGACACCAAAAGACCUCUGGUCGCUUGGAAAAGAAAACUCCUCAGAGGAACUUGUUUCUCAGCUCGAAAGGGAAUGGAUGAGGAAGCGGGCAAGGCACGCCAGGGUGAUGUUUGAAAGGAAAGGAGACCGUGGUGCAGAGGCCCAGGAGACCGAAGCCUUCCUACAGGAAAAAGAAAAUACGAGGAACCUGCUGUUGGGUGCCAUCUGGCGGAUGUCCUGCUCCACCUUCCUCCUGGCGACCCUCAGCCUUCUCAUCAGUGAUGUCUUCAGGUUCACUGUACCCAAGCUUCUCCGCUUUUUUCUGGAGUUUAUUAGCGAUCCCAAGGCCCCAGCCUGGAAAGGCUACCUGCUUGUGGUGCUGAUGUUCCUCUGUGCGUGCCUGCAAACGCUGUUUGAGCAACAGCACAUGUACAGGUUGAAGCUGCUGCAGAUGAGGCUGCGGACUGCCAUCACCGGCCUGGUGAACAGAAAGGUCCUGACUCUGUCCAGCGGCUCCAGAAAGGCCAGUGCAGUAGGGGAUGUGGUCAACCUGUUGUCCGUGGAUGUGCAGCGGUUGACUGAGAGCAUCCUUUACCUCAACGGACUAUGGCUGCCGUUCGUCUGGAUCCUUGUGUGCUUUGUCCUCCUGUGGCAGCUCCUGGGACCCUCUGCCCUCACCGCCAUCGCUGUCAUCCUGAGCCUCCUCUCUCUCAACUACUUCAUCAACAAGAAGAGGAAACACCAUCAGGAAGAGCAGAUGCGUCAGAAGGAUGCCCGGGCAAGGCUCUCCAGCUCCAUCCUCAGGAACGCAAGGAUCAUCAAGUUCCAUGCCUGGGAGGAAGCCUUUCUAGAGCGAGUCCUGCACAUUCGGAGCCAGGAGCUGGGCGCUUUGCAGGCCUCUGGCCUCCUCUUCUGUGUGUCCCUGGUGUCCUUCCACAUGUCCACAUUUCUGGUCGCACUGGUUGUGUUUGCCGUCCACACGCUGGUGGCUGAGCAGAAUGCCAUGGACACAGAGAAAGCCUUUGUGACCCUCACAGUUCUCCACAUCCUCAACAAGGUCCAGGGCUUCCUGCCAUUUUCCAUCCACUCCAUCAUCCAGGCCCGGGUAUCCUUGGAUCGCCUGGCCACCUUCCUCUGCCUGGAAGAAAUUGACCCUGAUGCUGUGGACUCAAGUCCCUCCAGAUGCUCUGCUGGGGAGGACUGCAUCACUGUGCACCACGGCACCUUCGCCUGGUCCCAGGAAAGCCCUCCCUGCCUCCAGAGGAUAAACCUCACAGUGCCCCAGGGCUGUUUGAUGGCUGUCAUCGGUCCAGUGGGGGCAGGGAAGUCUUCCCUGCUCUCUGCCCUCCUCGGGGAGCUGUCAAAGUUGGAGGGGUCCGUGCGCAUCAAGGGUUCCGUGGCCUAUGUGCCCCAGGAGGCCUGGGUCCAGAACACCUCCGUGGUGGAGAACGUGUGCUUCCAGCUGGACUUGGAUUCGCCAUGGCUGAAGAGAGUCCUGAAGGCCUGUGCCCUGUGGCCAGACAUGGACCGCUUCCCCACAGGAGUCCACACCCAAGUUGGGGAGCAGGGUAUGAAUCUCUCAGGGGGCCAGAAGCAGCGGCUGAGCCUGGCCCGGGCUGUGUACAGAAAGGCUGCAGUGUACCUGCUGGAUGACCCUCUGGCGGCCCUAGAUGCCCAUGUCGGCCGGCAUGUCUUCCACCAGGUCAUCGGGCCCAAUGGGCUGCUCCAGGGAACGACACGGAUCCUUGUGACUAAUGCGCUCCACAUCCUGCCUCAGGCUGAUCAGAUCGUGGUGCUGGUGGAUGGGGCCAUCGCAGAGAUGGGCUCCUACCAGGAGCUUCUGCACAGAAAGGGGGCCCUGGUGGACCUUCUAGGUCGGGCCAGGCAGCCAGGAGAUGGAGGAGAAGGAGACACAGACUCUCUGACCAGUGCAGAGGAUCCCAGAUGCUCCCCUGGAGGCAAGAGGCCCAUAGGAAAUCCUGAGAGGUCCAUCAAGUUAGUCCCUGAGAAGGACAGUGCCACUUCAGAGGCCCAGACAGGGGUCACUCUAGAUGACCGUGAAGGGGCAAGAUGGCCAACCGAAGAAGACCACAUGCCAUAUGGCAGGGUGAAGCCCGCCAUGUACCUGACUUACCUGCGGGCUGUGGGUGCCCCUUUCUGCCUCUACGUGAUCUUCCUCUUCCUCUGCCAGCAAGUGGCCUCCUUCUGCCGCAGCUACUGGCUGAGCCUGUGGGCGGAUGACCCUGCUGUGGACGGGCAGCAGGCACACACGGCCCUCCGUGGCUUGGUCUUCGGGCUCCUUGGCUGUCUCCAAGCCGUUGGGCUCUUUGCCUCAAUGGCCAUGGUGCUCCUACGUGGGGUCCAGGCAUCCAGACUGCUCUUCCAGAGGCUCCUGUGGGAUGUGGUGCGGUUGCCCGUCGGCUUCUUUGAGCAGACACCUGUUGGGAACCUGCUGAACCACUUCUCCAGGGAGACAGACACAGUCGAUGUGGACAUCCCAGACAAACUCCGGUCCUUGCUCACCUACGCAUUUGGACUCCUGGAGGUCAGCGUGGUGGUGGUGCUGGCCACUCCUCUGGCCAUCGUGGCCAUCCUACCACUGUUGCUCCUGUAUGCUGGGUUUCAGAGCCUGUACGUGGCCAUCUCAUGUCAGCUGCGACGGCUGGAGUCAGCCAGCCACUCAUCCGUGUGCUCCCAUGUGGCUGAGACGUUCCAGGGCGGUGCAGUGGUCAGGGCCUUCCGGGCCCAGGGCUCUUUUGUAGCUCGGAGCAAUGCACGUGUGGAUGAAAGCCAGAGGAUCAGUUUCCCACGGCUGGUGGCUGACAGGUGGCUUGCUGCCAACCUGGAGAUCCUGGGGAACAGCCUGGUGUUGGUAGCUGCCAUGUGUGCUGUGUUCAGCAAGACCCACCUGAGAGCCGGCCUUGUGGGCUUCUCUGUCUCCACUGCCCUCCAGGUGACCCAGAUGUUGCAGUGGGCUGUCCGCAGCUGGACAGAGCUGGAGAGCAGCAUUGUGUCCGUGGAGAGGAUGAAGGACUACGCCCAGACGCCCAAGGAGGCCCCCUGGAGGCUGCCCAGCUGUGGAGCCCAGCCCCCCUGGCCUCACGCAGGGCAGAUUGAGUUCCGAGGUUUUGGGCUGCGGUACCGGCCUGAGCUCCCACUGGCUGUGCGACGUGUGUCCAUCAAGAUCCAACCAGGAGAGAAGGUGGGCAUUGUAGGUAGGACAGGUGCUGGGAAGUCCUCCCUGGCCCGGGGCCUGCUGCGACUCCUGGAAGCAGCUGAGGGUGAAAUCUGGAUUGAUGGGGUCCCCAUCACUCAUGUGGGGCUGCACACAUUGCGGUCCAGGAUCACCAUCAUCCCCCAGGACCCCAUCUUGUUCCCUGGCUCUCUGCGGAUGAACCUUGACCUGCUACACGAGCACACAGACGAGGUCAUCUGGGUGGCUUUGGAGACCGUGCAGCUCAAAGCUGUGGUGGCCAGCCUGCCCGGCCAGCUGCAGUAUGAAUGCACUGACCAAGGGGAUGACCUAAGCGUGGGCCAGAAGCAGCUCUUGUGUUUGGCGCGCACCUUGCUUCGGAAAACCCAGAUCCUCAUCCUGGACGAGGCCACGGCAGCUGUAGACCCUGGGACAGAGCGCCAGAUCCAGAUGGCCCUCAGGAGCUGGUUUGCUCCAUGCACUGUGCUCCUCAUCGCCCACCGCCUGCACUUGGUGAUGGACUGUGCCAGGGUGCUGGUCAUGGACAAGGGGCAAGUGGCAGAGAGCGGCAGCCCAGCCCAGCUGCUGGCCCAGAAGGGCCUGUUUUAUAGGCUGGCACAGGAGUCAGGCCUGGUCUGA